AUGCCUCUGGAAGGAACCGAGUCUGACAGUGGAGUGUGCUGUAUGGAUUAUAAUCCUAAUGUCAAGCCAUCCGCUGCAUCUCAGUGGUGCUCUAUAUGGCAGUUCCCUACAAUGGAGCUCAUGCUGGUGAAUCAGGCCCCUGCCAGUGUGAUACAGUCUGAUAACAAAGCCUCUACAGCAGGGAGAAAAACGAAAGGUGAGAAACUAGGAAACAAUGAGUGUGCUGGUAAGUGCUCACGGCUCUAUCAGAGAGAGAAGGAGAAGGCAGGCAUCGUGUCCAUCAUGACUCUCUCCGGUCUGGCCUAUGAGCGCUACAUCCGUGUGGUUCAUGCCAAGGUCAUUGACUUCCCCUGGGCCUGGAGGGCUAUCACGCACAUCUGGCUGUACUCUUUGGCCUGGACUGGAGCUCCUCUCCUGGGAUGGAACCGCUACACACUGGAAGUCCAUCAGUUGGGCUGCUCUCUUGACUGGGCCUCCAAAGAUCCCAACGACGCUUCCUUCAUUCUCUUCUUCCUCCUCGGAUGCUUCUUUGUUCCUGUGGGCAUCAUGGCCUACUGUUAUGGAAACAUCUUGUACACUGUGAAAUUGCUGAGAGGAAACACGUUAGUGCUGCUUCCCCACCGGCCUGCCUCUGUCACAGAGGACUGUGGAUGUCUGGGCAUCGUGUCCAUCAUGACUCUCUCCGGUCUGGCCUAUGAGCGCUACAUCCGUGUGGUUCAUGCCAAGGUCAUUGACUUCCCCUGGGCCUGGAGGGCUAUCACGCACAUCUGGCUGUACUCUUUGGCCUGGACUGGAGCUCCUCUCCUGGGAUGGAACCGCUACACACUGGAAGUCCAUCAGUUGGGCUGCUCUCUUGACUGGGCCUCCAAAGAUCCCAACGACGCUUCCUUCAUUCUCUUCUUCCUCCUCGGAUGCUUCUUUGUUCCUGUGGGCAUCAUGGCCUACUGUUAUGGAAACAUCUUGUACACUGUGAAAUUGCUGCGUUCUAUCCAAGAUCUGCAGACGGUUCAGACGAUUAAGAUUCUGCGAUAUGAGAAGAAAGUGGCGGUGAUGUUCCUAAUGAUGAUCUCCUGUUUCCUGGUGUGCUGGACGCCCUAUGCUGUGGUCUCCAUGCUGGAGGCUUUUGGCUGGAAGAGUUUCGUCUCCCCCACGGUUGCCAUCAUUCCCUCUCUCUUCGCCAAAUCCAGCACUGCCUACAACCCCGUCAUCUGCACCUUCAUGAGCAGAAAGUUUCGCAGGUGUAUGUUACAGAUGCUGUGUUCUCGUCUGGCCAGUGUGCAGCACAGCAUUAAGGACCGUCCCCUGGCCCGCAUCGAACAUCCUGUACGGCCCAUUGUGAUGUCACAGAGCCGUCCCAACCGGCCCAAAAAGAGAGUGACCUUCAGCUCUUCCUCCAUCGUAUUCAUCAUCGCUAACAAUGACACUCUGGAUAUUACCUCCAAAUGCAAUCACGAACCAGACAUCAACACACUGAAACUUCCACCUUCACCCAGUUUCGUGAGCUGGUGAGAUAUCCGCAGCUUAGAUUGAACAGUCCGUGAGCAGAAUACAUUAGUGAGUGUGCUCCGAUAGAUUAGGAGCACAGUGUUAGUACAAGGACUCUUCUAGGACGGGACAUUUGUCAAAACUGCAGCACCUCAUACAUAAUGUCAGUCAGGUCUACAGCGCUCCCCUGGAGGAAGCGAAGUAUGUGCCCUGUUUGAAAAACACAAGCCAAACAUCACUAUUUCUACUGGUCAAUUUUUGGAUUAGGGCUUGAA